CCUCUGCUCUCCACCCUCGGCCGGUGAGCCUGCCUCCCACCUCUGCCAGUCCAUACUCAAGCCUCUGCACGGGGUGAGCAGCACACAACUCCUUCCCCGGAACCAUACCCACGCGCCCACAUGUGGCUCUGCUGAUACCCUGGUGUCUCCUGCCGUGCUCCUGGCAGCCCUGUCCUCCUCCCCAGCUCCUGGGGACGCGGGCUAAGCUCUCCAGCACCCUCGCGCCCAGGCGGCAUGAUGGAGGCUGCCCUGCUCCAGGGGCUGCUGCUCCUCCUCUUCUUCACUGCCCGGCUGCUCUACCAGCACAAUGCCACCUUCAACUACUUCUGCAAGGUGGCCUUCUUUAACUGCUGGGUUGUGGCCAUGGCCACUCUCCUCUCCCCCUUGGCGGCUCUUCGGGGACGCUCCGUGGAGAACAUGAAGCUCCUGCGCGCUGCGAUCCGGCCCCUCAAGCACCUGUAUGGCAUCAAGAUGCAGGUGCGGGGCUCUGAGCAUCUGAAUACCGAGGAGCCCUACGUGAUAGUUUGCAACCACCAAGCUUCCCUUGACCUCAUGGGCAUGGUGGAAGUGAUCCCCGACCGCUGCGUGCCCAUCGCCAAGAAGGAGCUCAUGUACAUGGGCACUGUGGGGUGGGCCUGCUGGCUCAGCGGCAUCAUCUUCAUUGACCGCCACAAGAGGGGAGAUGCCAUAGAUGUCAUCUCCCAGACGGCCAAGACCAUACGGCGUGAAAAUCUCCGGGUGCUGAUUUUCCCCGAAGGCACCAGAAACCAGGACAAAUCCAUGCUGCCCUUCAAGCGCGGGGCUUUUCACUUGGCUGUGCAGGCUCAGGUUCCCAUUUUCCCCAUUGUGAUCUCCCCAUACUGGGACUUCUUCAGCUCCAAGGAUAAGAAAUUCACCUCUGGGACAUGUACCAUCCAAGUCCUCCCCAAGAUAGAAACCCAGGGCCUGAGCCCGAAGGAUGUCCCCGAGCUAACAGAGACCAUCCGCAAAGCCAUGGUUGAUGUCUUCUCUGAGAUGGUUGCAAAUCAGCGGGGGGACCAGCGCGCUGAGCACCCUCUGCCCCCGUGCUCUACUGGAGCCACCAAGGGGACUGGCAGCCCACGGCACAAGGGGGACACAGCUGGGACCAGUGAUUAGGCAAAGGAACAGAACCCCUUGGGGCAUCGGGGAGGUGGCACAGUCACAGGCUGGGCCACGCUGUUCCCCUGUCCCCUGUAGAUGUGCCUGCCGGGCUUGCAGCAGAAUGGUGCCCUGGUGUGAGGGGAAGCAGAGCAGGGUGGGAGGCAGCGUUGAAAACAGAGCAAGGUGCCCCAGAAACCCCUUGCAAUGAUGUGUGUCUCCCCCAGACCUGGUGAUGUGCAGCCGGCCCAGCCUGCGGGCUCCAUCCAGUGGGAUGGAUCCUGCCCACGCAAGGGGCGAAGGGCUGGGUGUGCCAGGUAGAGCUCACUGCACCAUUCUCCAUCCGUCGUGGUGUGGUUCACCCGUGGGCUUGUUCAGUUGCUUCCUGCCAGGGGAAGCUGCAAGCCAUGGUCCUACUGGCAGCGCUGUCCUCGUGCAGCCACCCGUGGGGAGGGUGCAGAGCACACGGUGUGGCUGGGGGGGGACGGGAGGAACGUGGGGAGGGGGAUAUUGCCAUGUGGGAAGAGCAACCUCGAUGCAGAGGAUGGUGCAAGAUUAAAGAGUCCACAA